UCAUUGAGAUAAUAACGAAUAAUAUUGUAAUUUUUAUUAAUUGCUAUUGUUAUAUUCUGUGAUAUUAGUUUAGUAAAUAUUGUUUAUCUCGGUUGGGAACAAUAUAAGCUAUAAGGUCGUACGAGGUUGGAUGCUGGCUAUUGGGUGGCUUAAUGCUAUACGUGUUUUUCAGGCAAACAAAUGAAAACGAAUUUUUUGCACUUGGUUCUUACUAAUUUUGUACACCUACUAUAAUUAUUUUUAAAAGAAAUGUUAUUAUAGCAAGUAAAAAGUUUAAUAUCCUAAGUUUAUAAUAAUAUGAUUAAGUGAUUAUCGUUCAAGAGCUGUGUAGUGCGUACAUUGUUGGUCGAUCGAGAUUCAAGACAGUAAAAGAGGUACUAAUUAUUUAUGAAACAUACACAAUAUACCACAAUAAGUAGUAAUAUCAAUCAUGUCAUAAAUCAUUAAAUAAUAAUAAAUGAUUUGAUCAUUAAUUAUUGGUUCAAACGUUGAGUAAAAAUCUAGGAGGAAUAAGGCUUUAAAUAUAUUAUACUAGGUAUAUUGUAUAGGUAAAUUAAGUAAUUUUAUAAAACCGUGAUUAAACGUUUAUAAAAAUGCAAAUUACUUGUUUAUUAUCUUAUACUUUAUAUUUUUCCAUCGUCGCAGCUAAUAGUAUGAAUAAAUUCACGUACUUUGCAUAUGGAAGCAAUUUGCUUGCAGAACGGAUUCAUAUUCAAAAUCCAACCGCCAUAAGGAUCGGAAUGGGAAAACUGAAUGCGCACCGUUUAGAUUUUAACGAAUUUUCAAAUUUUUGGGAAGGAUGUCCAUCUACAGUGGUUCCAGACCCUAAGGAACAUGUCUGGGGUGCGUUGUGGCAACUGAAUAGUAGUGAUUUAAGCAAUCUAGAUCGACAAGAAGGUGUUGAUAUUAAUAUGUAUUUACCAUUUGAAGUAAACAUUGAAACUCCAAAUGGCGAUAAUGUAUUAAGUCGCUGUUAUAAGCUAGUCAAUCAGCCCCUCGUAAAACAAAUACCAUUACCACCUAACAGAAGACCAUCUAAAGCAUAUCUUGAAACUAUACUACUAGGAGCAAAUGAAACUGGUUUACCAUCAGAUUAUUUACAAUUUCUUAAUGAAAUACUGGAUAAUGGCCAUGAUGGUCCAAAAAUGCCAUGGUCAAAGCGUGAACCGUUAAAAACAACUGAAUUAUAAAAGUUCUUGUCUUGUUUAAAAUUAAGUUAUAAUAAGUCUUUUAUAAAAAAAAACAACAAAAAUACGUGUACAAAUUAAAAUAUUCUGUAACACUCAUUGAUGUAAAGAAAAAAAAUUGUAAGGAGCUAAAAUUUAAGGAUAUUAAUUAUAAUCAGUUUUUAUGUGGACAAAUUUUUUUGGUAAUUUUAUUCUUAAUAUUGUUAAAAUAGAUCAAGCAAGAUUAGUAAAAUUAAACUUAAGUAAUGUAUUUACAACUAAAAAUUGAAUAAACUGAAUAAAAUUUAAUUGCUUCAACA